AUGUCUAAUAAUGUAACCUUUAAUUCGUUUCCUCCUGCUUUAGAACGGACAUUUCUACAUUUUUUAAGAACAUUUAAAACUGAAGAAGGUGUGCCUAAAUAUGUGAGACAAGUUGAACAAUUAUUAUCAUCCAGAUUAACAAAAACUGUUUACAUUGAUGUAAAUGAUAUUUUAAAUUUUUCUAUUGAAGGUGACAAAUCAAGAAAUGAUUCUAAUCUAGAAGAAAGAAAUAAUAAUGGAUUCAUUAGUGGGCCAACUAUGUUACUUGCAUUAACUGAACAAUAUGGCGAAUAUAAACAAUCAAUAGAUAACUUAGUAACUAGCUUUUGUAAAAGUUUUACUAUAGGAGAUGAAAGAGGAGGUGGGAGAUUAGAUCCAGGUGUUGGAGGUUAUACUGCUUCUUUUUAUGGUUUAAGAUGGAUAGAAAGUUUAAGAACAUUAAGAUGUGAGAAGCUUGGAAAGCUUUCUAGCUUAAGAGGAACUAUAACAAGAACAUCUGAUGUGCGUCCUGAGUUACUUAAAGCUUGUUUUGAAUGUGAAAUAUGUGGAUGUAUUGUAGAUAAUGUGGUACAACAAUUUGUUUAUUCUUUACCUUCAAUUUGUCCUACUAAAGGAUGCGGAAAUAGAACUGCUUGGCAGCUUAGAUUGGAGAAUUCUGAUUUUGGUGACUGGCAAAAGCUUAGAAUUCAGGAACAUGCAACUGAAAUUCCUCCAGGGUCAAUGCCAAGGUCUAUGAAUGUAAUUUUAAGAGGAGAUUUUGUUGAUAAGUGUAAACCAGGAGAUAAAGUUAUCUUGACUGGAAUGUUAAUUGUUGCUCCUGAUGUACCUUCUCUAAUGAAACCUGGAGAAAUACCUUCAAGUGUAUAUAAGGACAAAAGCAGAGGUCAAAACGAAUCUUAUAACUCAGGGGUUAGUGGACUUAAGUCUUUGGGAGUAAGGGACUUAGCCUACCGUCUCUGUUUCCUAGCUUGUCACAUUGAAGUUGUUAAUGCUAUUGCUUCUAGCGAUGAUGGACGUAUUAUUGAACAAAUUAAUCACCAGCAUCAAAAUCAAAGUAUAGAAAAUAAUAAUGAAUUGAAUGAUGGUGAAAUGAGAUUGAAUGAAGAUUUGGAAACAAAUACAAACGAGAUUAUUGAUCAUUUAAAGGUUUUGAAUGUUCAGGAAACUUCACUAAGAAAGUUUCUCGAAAUUUCUCAACAUCCUAAUGGUAUUAAUAUGCUUGCCACAUAUGUUGCACCACAUGUAUAUGGUUAUUCUCAAUUAAAGAAAGGAAUCUUACUUUUAUUGGUUGGUGGAGUAGAGAAAAGAACUAAAGAUAAUAUUAAGUUAAGAGGAGACAUCAAUGUUUGUAUUGUAGGAGAUCCAUCAACUGCAAAAAGUCAGAUUUUAAGAUUUGUUAAUGAAUUCUCAACAAGAACUGUUUAUACAUCUGGUAAAAGCUCAACAGCUGCAGGUUUGACUGCAUCUAUUCAUAGAGAUCCUGAUCAAGGUGACUUUGUUAUUGAAGCUGGAGCUUUAAUGCUUGCUGAUAAAGGUAUUUGUUGUAUUGAUGAAUUUGAUAAAAUGGAUGAAAAAGAUGUUGUAGCUAUUCAUGAAGCUAUGGAACAGCAAACUAUAUCAAUUACUAAAGCAGGAGUUUUAGCAACACUAAAUGCAAGAGCUUCAGUUCUGGCAGCUUGUAGUCCAGUAGGAGGUAGAUAUAAUCCUUCUAAGACUCUUUCUCAGAAUGUUAAGAUCUCUGCUCCUAUUUUGUCCAGAUUUGAUCUCUUCUUUGUAAUGAUUGAUGAUCCAGAAGACGUUUAUGACGAGGUAUUAGCAUCAUUUAUUGUUGGAUUACAUUCCAAAGCAACAGAAAAAACAGGAAAAGAAACUAUUCAUGAUAAUCAAUCUGAUUAUAAUAGUGAGAAUACAUUUAAUCAAAAACAGUUUGCUGAUCAUCUCAAUUUCUCGGAUUCAAAUAACCUUCAACUUACCAAGAGCGAGCUUAACCAGUACAUAGCUUAUGCAAAAACCUUUAAGCCUUGCAUAACUCCAGCUGCAAAGACCAUCCUUGUGAGAACUUACAAAGCUCUCAGAAUGGGUGAUGCUACUUCUGGAGCUAAAGCAAUGAGAAUUACUGUUAGACAACUUGAGAGUCUGAUUCGACUUUCUGAAGCUGUUGCAAAACUUAGAUUUUCUUACUUAGUUACUCCAGAGCAUGUAGAAGAAGCUUGUCAAAUUUUUAAGAGUUCAUUAAGCAAGAUCAGAUACAAUGAUAUAGAUUUAGGUGAGAUGGAUGAUUAUGAUGAAGAAGAAGAAAAUGAUUUGGAAGAUAUAAAACAAACAGAAAAGGAUGGAAAGAUUCGCAAAACCAAGAUAGGAAAAAAUGAACAUGACGAAAACUCUGAGACAGAAGAUAUUGAAAUGAUACAAGAAUCAAAGAAUGAAAAGUCUUCAUCUAAGAAUAAAAAGAAGGCAAAUGUAACAAUAGGAUAUAAUGAAUACUUCCAAAUAGCUAGGAGAUUUGUGGACAAGCUUCAGAACUGUGAGAAUUCCGAAAUCUCAAUAACAGAUUUAAUAGCAUGGCAUAUUUCAGAGUAUGACCAUCCAGAGAGCGAGGAGGAACUUGGUGAAUUAGAAGAAAAGUACCAUAGAGCAAUCCAAAGAAUGAUUCACAGGGAUAUGAUUUUGUAUAUAUCUUUCCAAGAGGAGAUAUCUAGUCAGAGGAAUGACCAAGAUAAUACUCAGGAAGAAGAAAACGAGGCUAUCUUAAUGGCCUAUGUUAAGGUACACCCUAACUACAAUGUAAAUGAUACCAUUACAUUACCUCAGCCAUCGUCAGGAAAUAAACCUCUUACGAGACAUGCAGACUUUGGGUACCGUACAUUCCAAAAUACGGAAGAGGCUAAUGAAUUAUCUAGAGAUUCACAAAAAGUUGAGGAUGAUAUUUUGAACUUGGAUGGGAAUUUGGAGCCUGAAGACUUUUUACCAGAAAUAAAAGAUUCCCAGCUCAAAGAGUAUCAAAUUGAUAGAAGACUAGAAGAGAACGAUGAUGAUGAUGAUGAUGACGAUGAUGAAGAAGACGAGGAAGUAGAUGACGGAGCAUCGAAUAGAAUCUAA